AUGGUGCCACUAAGCAGUAUAGAGUGGAAUGACUAUAAUUUACGAUGGAAUGAAUCCGAAUAUGGAGGCGUGAAAGAUUUGCGGAUAACGCCAAAUAAGCUGUGGAAACCGGAUGUGCUUAUGUACAACAGCGCGGAUGAGGGAUUCGAUGGCACGUAUCACACCAACAUUGUGGUCAAACAUAACGGCAGUUGUCUGUACGUGCCCCCUGGUAUCUUCAAGAGCACAUGCAAGAUAGACAUCACGUGGUUCCCAUUUGAUGACCAACACUGCGAAAUGAAAUUCGGUAGUUGGACUUACGAUGGAAAUCAGUUGGAUUUGGUUUUGAAUUCCGAAGAUGGAGGGGAUCUUUCCGAUUUCAUAACAAAUGGCGAGUGGUAUCUGCUUGCAAUGCCUGGCAAGAAGAAUACCAUCGUCUACGCGUGCUGCCCGGAACCCUACGUGGACGUCACAUUCACGAUACAAAUCCGACGGCGUACAUUAUAUUAUUUUUUCAAUUUAAUUGUGCCGUGUGUGCUGAUAUCAUCGAUGGCUUUAUUAGGAUUUACACUACCUCCCGAUUCGGGCGAAAAAUUAACAUUAGGCGUAACUAUACUUCUAUCCUUAACAGUAUUUCUAAAUCUUGUUGCUGAAUCCAUGCCGACAACGUCGGACGCUGUCCCCCUUAUAGGCACCUACUUCAAUUGCAUCAUGUUUAUGGUGGCAUCAUCGGUGGUGCUGACGGUUGUUGUGCUCAACUAUCAUCAUCGCACGGCGGAUAUACACGAAAUGCCGCCUUGGAUUAAAUCCGUUUUCCUGCAAUGGCUGCCAUGGAUUUUACGUAUGGGUCGUCCGGGCCGAAAAAUCACACGAAAAACAAUUCUACUAAGCAAUCGCAUGAAAGAAUUGGAAUUAAAGGAACGUUCUUCCAAAUCACUACUGGCCAAUGUGCUGGAUAUCGAUGAUGAUUUCCGGCAUACGAUCUCCGGUUCACAAACGGCGAUCGGUUCAUCAGCAAGCUUCGGUCGCCCCACAACGGUGGAGGAGCAUCAUAAUACAAUAGGUUGCAAUCAUAAAGAUUUACAUUUGAUUCUUAAAGAAUUACAAUUCAUAACAUCACGUAUGCGUAAAUCCGAUGAUGAGGCGGAAUUAAUAAGCGAUUGGAAAUUCGCGGCAAUGGUUGUGGAUAGAUUUUGUUUAAUUGUUUUUACGCUCUUUACAAUUAUCGCAACAGUCACCGUUCUGUUGUCGGCUCCACACAUUAUCGUGCAAUAAGCCUAAAUGCACACGAGGUUUAAGCAUAAGCCUAGGAUAGACAUAUGGAAACUGCAUACUUUAGAUGAAGAAGAAAUAUUUAUUUUUUCCAGAGGAAAAAUCACUUACAUACAUAAUUACAAAGAAAAGCAAAUAAACGAGAGGAGCAAUGCAAAUUCAAAGAGAUUUAGCACUUACAUAGACGUAGUUUAGUGAAGAUGAUGAGACUACUCAAUAAUUAGAAAAUUAUACGAAAGACAAUUGAAAAGUUCAC